AUGUUGACCAGGUUCCUGGGCCCACGCUACCAAGAGCUGGCUAAGAACUGAACCCCAACAGCCACCAUGUGGGAUGCCAUGGGUGCCGUAGGACUGGUGUGGGCCACCGACCGGCGGCUGAUGCUGGACUGGGUACCAUACAUCAAUGGCAAGUUUAAAAAGGAUGAUUACAUGCACAGCGCCCACCGCCCUGUCACUGGGGGCCACCUGGGGAAAAAGGAGAGUAGUUAUGUGGGCAGCAUGGGCACCAGCCCCCGGAAGUCGAGUCGCUGCACGCCCCCACCUGCCGACUCUGAGCUUGUCAGCUUCUGCUACCUCCAUAUGCGGGAACAAAGGAAAGAGCAGGAAAGCCGGACAGAUGUCAACGAGAACCUAAUCUUCUUUGAGGAGACCAGGCCCCGGACCAAGUCUGACCCCACAUCCAAAAGCUCUGGCCAAGGUUACCAUGUGGUCCCUGAUGACUUUGAUGCAGCCAGCUUAGACCACGAGCCUUGUGCCAGCAGGGCUCGGUCCUACACCUUGGACAAUUCCCUUGGGGCUGAAGCCCUGAAUUUCUACUGUGACUCUUGCAAAACCAAACUCCAGGAGCAACUGGGCCCUCGCAAAGGCGGGAGGCCUGGCUCUUCUCGUGACAAUAUUGUAGACUUGAUGUCCCUUCCACCACCCGGGAGCGAGGAGGAAGAGGAAGAGGAAGAUGAGACAACUUCUCUGUUGCCUGCCAUUGCCGCCCCACCCCCAGGUUUUCGAGACAACAGCUCAGAUGAAGAUGACCCCAAGCGCCGGGCUGUCCAAAGCCAGGAACAAGGACGCCACCUGCGUGGGCUCCUGUAUGAUGAGAUUCCAGUGACACUGAUUGACAGCGUGCAAACCCGGACAGUCAGAGAUCACGCCCAGGAGCUAGAUGAUGCCCUGGUGUCCACUCUGCAGGCUCUGGAAGCCCUGGCUGCUUCAGAGGAUGGAGCACACCCCCCGCCCCCACAGACAGCAGGUCUGAUUGUGCUGGCCACAAUUACUCCUGAAUCGUCACUGGACUCGGGCCAUGAAACCAACUCUUCAGAGCUCACAGACAUGUCAGAGAUGAUGUCUGCCAUGAAGCAGCACCAGAACACCACCUAUUUCCUGGCCCAACACCUCAAUAAGGACCUGCCCUUCCGGAUCCAGAGCUGCGCAGCCCAGGCUGUUCUCACAGCCCCUUACUCUCUUGGGCGACCAGAUCCCAAUCCAGCUGUCACAGGCCAGAGUCCUGGCCCCCCAGGCGCUCGGAGAAAGCUGCCCCAGCCAGAGGCCCAGGCACAGGGAGAGCGAACAUACUCCCUGGCAGUGCAUCCGGCACUGUCACCUCAGCUUAGUCAGCUUGGUGAGCAGAAGAAUCUGAGCCUGCUGCCCCCGGUGCCUGAGGACAGAGGGUCUGGCCACACAAGGGCCGGCAUGGAGAUGUCUCUGAGAGCAGCCACACCCUCCCUCAGUGAAGAGCAGGUCUCAGAGCUGAGGGAGAACCUGCCCAAGGAGGUCAGGGUGAGCCCCAAGUUUAUCCUGGACCCCAAAGGCAGUGUGACCCCAGCUAUCAUCUCUGCUGCCCUACAGCAGGUGGUUCAUAGUAAGAGUCUAGCUCCCGCUGGUGGGGCCUUGGGGCACCCUGCUGGCAGGGGAGAGAGAAGGCUGGAGGCCAGCAUAGGGAGACCAGAGCUCAGCAUGGGCAGGCCAGAGGUUAGCAUGAUGGGCAGUAGUGCCAGUAAGAGUCUGAAGUUUAAAAUAAGCCCCGGUGCUCUAGAGGCUUCACGGAAUUCCCAGCAGCAGCUGGGCCCAGAGGUCUCCUCCAGCCCCAGAGCACCUGCAGGCAGCCGAGCCGACAGCCUACAACUCUCCCAAGAGGAGAGGCUCCCUGCUCAGAGUCUCCCUCCCAAAGGCUAUCUUCCACGAACAGGUCGAGAGUCAGCAGGCAAGCAAGCCACGGGGGAGGUGGUCAGCAAGGAUGGACCAGAGGGCGCAAAGCCUGCCUCGCACAAGCAGGGUGGCAUCUCCAACCAAGGGGAGAAGGGCCAGCUGGAUAGCACAUCCAAAAGCAGCAAGCUUGAGGACACUAGCCUGGUCCCCCGAGCUAGCUACUCCAUGGCUCUGCAGAGCCCCAGCUGCCAGCCUGGAAGCCACAGCCCCAGCUGCCAGUCUCGAGGCCAGAGCCCCAGCUGCCAACCUCGAGGCCAGAGCCCACUGAAGCCUCAGACUACCAGCCGGCAGGUGAGCACCAUGCCUUCCAGGAAGCUUGAAACCCUGGAUGGAACCCAUUCAGCUUCUGAAGGCCCCACAAAGCCCAAGUCGUCCCGAGGUCCAUUUCGGCUGCGCAAUUUAUUCUCCGCCACCUUCCCCACCCGCCAGAAAAAGGAGACAGAUGAGCGACAGGCCCAGCUGCAGAAGGUAAAGCAGUAUGAGCUGGAGUUCCUCGAGGAACUUCUAAAGCCACCAAGCCAGGGUGAGCUGCCCAGCACCGAAUACCUGCAACCUCCCGCACCUGGCCGCUGCAGCUGCCAGCUACGCAGCAGCCCCGUGCAGCAGGGGCCUGGCAUGUCCCGAGAGCAGAGGCGCAGCUGUGACUGCAAGCGCAUCUGCCGGGGGGGCCGGCCACAGACUGCCCAGACGCCAGUGCCUGGCCUGCGGGGAAGGGAGAGGGACAGGCUCCCCCCUACUCAGAGGCAGCCAGAGGCUGGCCCAGGCUUGAGCCUCAGCAGCCCCAUCAACGUCCGGCGCAUCCGUUCCACCAGCCUGGAAUCCCGAGAGUGCCGAUCGGAGCCUGAGAGUGGUGUUUCCUGCCUGACCACGUGUGCCUCAGGGGGUGAGUGUCUGGGAGCUCCCAACUAUAGAAAACUGAUGCGCCGCUACAGUAUCAGUGAGCUGGACCAGAGUGACAGGGCCUCACUAACCUCGGAUGUCUACCCGCACCCACCCCUGGGCAUGCUACCCAGGGAAGCCAAGGAGGUAGAGGCAGGCCUCCCCCUAGGCUUGGGUCCCAAAAGCAAGUCAGUAGAGUCACCAACCCUAGGAGAUCCCUCAUACGUCCAGGUUGUCCCUGAGACCAAAGGCCCCGGACAGAUGGCUGUGUUCUCCCUACCAGAGGAGGUGUACCGGAAGCCUGCCGAGCUGGACGAGGACAGUGAAAGUAGCAAGUGCUGCUCUAUCCGAUACUGCUUCUACUACCGCAAGUGUGACAUGGCAGAUGAUGCCAGUGAUGGCAAGGACGAGCUCUCCUACUCUAUCCCCAUGAAGAUUCUGCCGGGCAUGAAGUUGGACGAGCAGGUAGUGCCUGUGGUGAGCAGGACCCUGCAAGUGCUGGACGCGGCCACCUGCAGCAGCAGCCCUGAGGCUUCGCGCACCCAAGAGAUUGACCUGCGGGUGUCCACCUUCGAGGGGAGCCUGGCCAAGAUCAAUGCCCUACGUGCCCAUGCCUAUGGCCUCCCUGAUGGCUUCCUGGCUGCCCGGCUGGACACUAAUGAGCUGCUGACAGUCUUAAGGCAGUGUGUGGCCAGCCCCGAGGCCCGUGCUCCCAAGCCCUAUGUCUCUCAGAUCUCUGAGUACAAGCUCGAGCUAGCUCUCAAGUUCAAGGAGCUCCGGGCUUCCUGCCGCCGCGUGGCCAACGUGGACAAGAGCCCAACUCACAUGCUGGCAGCCAUCACAGGCAGCUUCCAGGUGCUGAGCAGCCUCAUUGAGACGUUUGUGCGGCUGGUGUUCAUUGUGCGCUCUGAGGCCCAGCGCCAAGAGCUGCUGGCCAAGGUGGAAGAGGUGCCAGUCAACAGGCUGGCAGCCUCGGGAGCCCUCGCCCCCUGGUCCGGUAGUUCCACACCAGCCAUCCCCAAAGUGCCCUGCCCCUCACCCAUGGGCAGGGAAGCUCAGUCCACUAGGGAGCAAGCCUCUGGGAUCACCCCACUCGUUUUGGCCCGUACCCAAGAGAACCCGAGGGAGGGUGACGCCGAAGCCCAGACUCCGCCCCUCAUUCCGGUUCAGCAAAUCGAAGCCGGUGGAGGUGUGGCCUUCGCGCUGAUCCCGCCUUCGGGCAAUAGGUAA